UGUUUUGUUUUUCUGUUACAGACACGGAGAAGACAUGAUCGUGACGCCGUUCGCUCAGGUUCUGGCCAGUCUUCGCACGGUCAGGAGUAACUUCGCGGCGUUGACACAUCUCCAGGACCGAGUGGGAAACAAGAGAGCUCCCUGCAGCAGCCAACCGCCUCUGUGCAAACCCUGCCUCUCAGAGGAGCCGUGUCAGAAGUUGGCCAUGGAGACUCUGGAGGAGCUGGACUGGUGCUUAGACCAACUGGAGACGCUACAGACCAGACACUCUGUCAGCGAGAUGGCCUCCAACAAGUUCAGGAGGAUGUUGAACCGGGAGCUCACUCAGUUGUCUGAGACCAGCCGCUCGGGGAACCAGGUGUCAGAGUUCAUCGCCAGCACUUUCCUCGAUAAGCAGCAUGAUGUGGAGAUCCUGGCUCCGCCCCCGAAGGAGAAGGAGAAACGUCCCAUGUCCCAGAUCAGUGGAGUGAAGAAGCCCACGUCCAGUCCAAGUCUGGUCCCGUCCUGCUCCAUCCCGAGGUUCGGAGUCACCACCCCCCACGAGACCCUGCUGUCCCAGGAGAUCGAGGACAUAAACCGCUGGGGUCUGGACAUUUUUAAAAUCGCAGAGUUUUCCGGAAACCGCCCCCUCACGGUCGUCAUGUACUCCAUCUUCCAGGAGCGUGAUCUUCUGAAGACCUUCCAGAUUCCCACAGACACGUUCCUGACCUUCAUGAUGACCCUGGAGGACCAUUACCACAGCGACGUCGCCUACCACAACAACAUCCACGCGGCAGACGUGGUCCAGUCCACGCACGUGCUGCUCUCCACGCCCGCUCUGCAGGCCGUGUUCACAGACCUGGAGAUCAUGGCCGUGCUCUUCGCCAGCGCCAUCCACGACGUCGACCACCCAGGAGUCACCAACCAGUUCCUCAUCAACACCAGUUCGGAGCUCGCCCUCAUGUACAACGACGCCUCCGUGCUGGAGAACCAUCAUCUGGCCGUGGGCUUCAAACUUCUGCAGGAGGACAACUGCAACAUCUUCCAGAACCUGAGCAAGAAGCAGAAGGACUCGCUGCGUAAGAUGGUCAUCGACAUGGUGCUGGCCACUGACAUGUCCAAACACAUGAACUUUCUGGCCGACAUGAAGACGAUGGUGGAGACGAAGAAGGUGACGAGUCUGGGAGUUCUGCUCCUGGACAACUACUCCGACCGGAUACAGGUUCUGCAGAACAUGGUGCACUGUGCCGACCUGAGUAACCCCACCAAACCUCUGGAGCUGUACCGACAGUGGACCGACCGCAUCAUGGUGGAGUUCUUCACUCAGGGCGACCGCGAGAGGGACAAGGGCAUGGAGAUCAGCCCCAUGUGCGACAAGGACAACGCCUCUGUGGAGAAGAGCCAGGUGGGCUUCAUCGACUACAUCGUGCACCCGCUGUGGGAGACGUGGGCCGACCUGGUUCACCCGGACGCCCAGGACAUUCUGGACACGCUGGAGGACAACAGGGAGUGGUACCAGAGCAUGAUCCCCCGCAGCCCCUCGCCCACCAGCCCCGAGGAGCACAGCCAGCCCGCCCACGCCAACCAGAACCCCGCCCACGCCAACCAGAACGCCGCCAACGCCAACGCCGCCCACCAGACCACGACCCCGACCCACCCGCACACCCCGUCCGCCGACAAGUUCCAGUUCGAGCUGACGCUGGAGGAGGAGAGCGAGGAGGAGGAGGAGGAGGAGGCGGCGGCGGCGACGUCCGACCCGGAGCAGCAGCAGCAGGAGAGGAGGGGCGGGCGUCACCUGUCGUCCCUGCCGUCCCUGUCGCCGCUGGACCCCCGCGCCUCCAACAGCCGCUACAGGCCGCCGUCGCCGCACCCGGCCCGCAGCCUGGCGUCCAUGUCCGUGCGCAGCCCCCGCCCCCCCAGGACGCUCGACUCCCCCGACCACCAGGGGGCCACAUAACGAGCCGCGAGGCCUGGCCCGUCGCCGCGGCAACAGCAACGACCCCGCCCACGUUUAAAGUGCAUCUGACAGGUUCAAACAUCGGGAUAAUUCUGAGUCGGUUCGGCGGAGAGUCUCUGUCGUCGAUAUUUAUCAGUUUGCAGCAGUUUGUGAAGAAAAGUAGAAAAUAAAAAGUACAAAAAUAUAGAAAGUAGCGCUGAGUUUUAAAACAGAAUCGCUCUGUUUAUGUCGUCAACAGGAAAACGCCGAAACGUAGAGAGAAUUUACGCACAAACAAGGACUUUUUAAACCUUUAAACCACUUUAAACCUUCAACAAAAUAAAAGCGAUGUCAUUUAUUUUUAUGAGUCUAAUCAGAACUAUUAUGGAAUAGACGUUUUUCACAACAAUAUCAGGUAAACGUAACUUCCGGUUUUGGUUUUCUGUGUCAAACAGUGUAAAUGUGUGUUGUUUUCUCCAGCAGCUUCAUAAAUCUGCCCCAUCACCAAAUCUUCAACCAACAAACUCCACAAAGGAGAAACAUUUUAACACGAACAAUUUAUCCACAACGAUCAAGAGAAGAAAGAACAAAACUUAAAGACGAACAACGACACAUUUCCUUUAUCAUCAAUUUUCAUCAGAUUUUAUCGCAAUUUCUCCCAAUUUGGUCGUGAAUUACACCCGACCUUUUCUCCAGCAGCAGUUGACGUCAGAUGUGAUGUAGAAGUCGUGGAGCAAACGAUUCUAGACUAAAAUGACUCUGAAUCAUCCCUUUAAAUGUGGUAUUGCUGGUCACAUCAUCCUAUAGAUCAAAAUUAAUUAAUACAGAUGGGGGGCAGCUAAAGUUUAUAUUGUUAAAAUGCAAAAAUAUGUUUUAUUACAGUGAAUUCUUUGGUUUUAUCAGCAAUUUAAAAUACCAGGUUCGACAUUUGUGAAAUUACCUUUUGGAUUUGUCAUGAUAAAGUACAACAUGAUCAAAAGGGAAAAUCUGGAAAACCAAAAUCGUCUGAAAAACCACCAAUAAAAAUAAAAAUGACUUGACUUAAGAGUUAAAUUUUGAUAAAAAUGUUAGGGCUGAGGGAACAUAGAGCUAACCCCCACAAAUCUGUUUAUCUACAAAAGUAUCGACAUCAUGAAUACGAUUUUAAAUUUUAAUUCUAGAAUCAGACUGAGUGAAGAAGUUCCUUCUGUUUUAUUCAUGAUCAUAAUAUUAGUUUUGCAAGUCUCAAGUACAGUAAGUCUCGAGUCUUUGACCUCAAGUCCGAGUCAAGUCCCAAGUCAAAGUCAAGCAAGUCCAAGUCGAGUCUCGAGUCACUGGUCCAUAAGUUCAAGUCGAGUCUCGAGUCCGUCUGCUUUGAGCUUCGACUCAUUUCAAGUCUUAAAACCAAAGUACCAAAUAUAGCUUAGAUUUCUGCAAUUUAUAUGAUUAGAAAUUUAAUUGUUCUUAUAUAUAAAUCUACUGUGAUUGUUUUGAGUAUUUAUAGAGUUUAUAAGAGUUGUAGAAAUGUAAACUUUUCCUUUUUACUUGUCUUGACAAGAUCUUAGUGUGAAUCUUUACAGUCAGAACAGAAAGAAUUCAGAUUUAAAAGAGCUUCUCAAGUCACUGAUCUUCAAGUCCAAGUCGAGUCCCAAGUCUUAGUCCAUUUUAUCAACUCAAGUCUCAAGUCCUAAAAAUAGAGACUCGAGUCUGACUUGAGUCCAGGUCACGACUUGUAAGUCUCACCUCUGGCUCGUCGUUGUUUCCUUUAAGUUUUGUUCUUUCUUCUCUUGAUCUUUGUGGAUAAAUUGUUCAUAAAGAAUGUUUAUCGUUUGUGGAGUUUGUUGGUUGAAGAUUUGGUGAUGAGGCAGAUUUAUGAAGCACAUUUUGACACAGAAAAAAAAUAGCCGGACAUUACGUUUACCCGACAGUCUUGAAAAACGUCUAUUUAGUCACGUUUUUGUCUUUGUUUACAUUGUCGUUUCUAGAAUUUAAUAGUUUAAACUGUCAAACGCACUUUAAAUGAAUCGAGUUUAGAUUUUUUGGUCUGGAUUUUUUUUAUUUUUUUUAUAUUAUAUGAUUUUUUUUUUUUAACUUCGCCAAUAUUUUUUAAUUUUAUUUUUCAAACGUCAAAAUAAUCUGACAACGAAUGAAUGUAGAUUUAACCCGAGUUCAAGUGCAAUAACGUGCGAUUUCGUUGGCGUUUCAGGCUCGUUUAUUUUCCUGUUUCGGGGCAAAAAUAGUCCACCGUUUUUGUUAUAUUUUAAUAUUUAUUUCAUUUGUAUUUAUUUAUGUUUUAUUUUUUGCUCUGGGGGGGAAAUAAAUAAAUGAGAUAAAUUCCGUUAUUAUUUCCGUUGUGGAUCGUUUUGCCUCAGAAAAAGAAAAAUACGAGCGUGAAAUCGAGUUGAAAUCGCAGUGAAAAAUCUCGAGAAAUCAUAAAGCUCUUUGCUGUUGCCGCGGGAGACGGGAUCAGGCUUUUUUUUUUUUAUCCCAAAAACAUGAAGUCUGUAGAAUCACCAGAGUCCCUUUAAACUGGAGACACCCUUCUAUAGACGUACAGCACCCGCGGGAGACGACGCACCCGCGGGAGACUGGAUCAGGGAGCACCCAUGGGACAAAUCCAGCCCUGGGGAGUUCCCGUGGGAGACUGGACCGACCGUUCCCGUGGGAAAGACCCAACGCAGGACCCUGGAGCGCCCGCGGGAAAGACCGGAGCGCCCGCGGGAAACACCGGCGCGCCUGCGGGAACGACCGGACGCAGGAUCCAGGAGCACCCACGGGAACGACCCGGAGCACCCGCGGGAACGACCCGGAGCACCCGCGGGAGACUCCUCUGUAGCUGCCCCACGCACACGGCUGUGAUCGUCUCAAACUGCAGUAAAGGAAAAGUCUUCCUCCGAGUUUAUUUCUACGCGACGACGGGAAAGAUUUGGAAUUACGAACCUUUUUUUUUUUUUUUUUUUUUUUUUUUGGAUUUUGGAUUUAUUGUUUUGGAAAUGAUUUGGAGUUUUGGAGUUUCUCAUCGUCAGACCAGAGCGUUUUACACUUUGAACUUUUGUCACUUGUCGAUGACUUCAAGUUGCAUUGUGUUAACUUGUCCGUCACCUGCUCGUUGCUAUGGAUACGUCGUUCCUCCUGCCUGGAAUGUUCCGCAGUGUGACAUUAAACAGAUCUGCUUUACGUUUAUCCAAGUACAGAUUUUUAUUAAAGCUGAAGAUUAUCUAGAAAAACAAACAUUCUGACUGUAGACGGGGGUCACCUCUCCACAGAUCUCACCUGUUAGUAGGUCUGGUUUGGUCUCCAUGACGAUAGGAAGGUUUAAAGCCAUACUGUGGAACAUUCCAGACAAAGCUAUAACAUGUCUACAGAGACAAGCAUUUAGUAGUUGUAGUUUUAUUCGGUCGUUUUGCAGCACCGCAAAAAAAAACACACAAAAAAAAAAACACUGACUACAACCACACCUGACUUGCCUUCCACCAGAAAAGUUACACAAUGCAGCUUUAAAUACCCAGAAGUAGUUUUAAAGACUGAUAAUGCGAUAUAGAAAAGUAGAUUCUAUUCGUAUUUUCCUUCUACCACAAGAGCUGAUGUGUAUUCUGGCAUCGGACCAGUGCUUAAAGAUGCAUUGUGUAACUUUUUUUGGUUGAGAAUCUGCUCGUUUCCAUGGAUACGCCGCUCCUCCUGCCUGGAAUGUCCCAUAGUGUGACUUUUAAACAGAACAAAUGUUGAUUAUAGCUGAAAAAUUCCCUAGAACAACAGACGUUCUGACUGUGAGCGGGGUCGCCUCUCCACAGAUCUUGCCUGUAACUCUGUCCGGCUUGGUCUCCAUGACGACAGAAAGAUUUAAUGCCAUACUGUGGAACAUUCCAGCCAGGAGGAACCACGUAUCAAUGACAUGUCCACGGAGUAAAGGAUUUAGUAAUAGUAGUAGUUUUAUUCGGUCGUUUUGCAGAACUACGAAAACAAAACAGAUCAAAACAUCGACUACAACCACAUUUGACGGGUUCUCCACCAGAAAAAGUUACACAAUGCAGCUUUAAAUACCCAGAAGUAGGUUUAAAAGUCUAAUAAUGCAAUAAUAGAAGAGUAGAUUUUAUUCUCGUUUCGGAAUAAAUACAAAACUCUUCGUAUUUCCCUUCUACGGCAUUGGACCAGUGCUUAAAGGUGCAUUGUGUAACUUUUUUGGGUUGAGAAUCUGCUCGUUUCUAUGGAGACGCCGUUCUUCCUGCCUGGAAUGUUCCACAGUGUGACAUUAAACAGAUCUGCUUUACGUUUAUUCAAGUACAAACGUUGAUUAGAGCUGAAAAAUCCCUAGAAAAACAGACUGUAGAUGGGGUCGCCUCUCCGCAGAUCUCGCUUGUAACUUGGUCCGGUUUGGUCUCCAUGACGACAGGAAGGUUUAAAGCCGUACUGUGAAACAUUCCAGACAAAGCGAUAGCGUUUUACACGGAGAAAAGUGUUUGACGGACGCUCCACGAUGCACCUUUAAGCACGUUUAAUUCCGUUUUCAUCGUGAUUCCGAUCGGAUAUUUUCCCAUUUUCCAAACUUUUCCGGUCCACACGAACUCUGGUCUGUCCGUGAGAAACUCGGACUCGCUCUGUUCGCUCCGUUGUCGUUUUUUUGCGGAAGACCUGAUGGGCGCCUGCAGCUGGAGUCUGCUCAGGGCGACAAGGGGACAAACUUCUGUAGCCGGACCUUCUCGGACCUUCUGGACGUGGACUUUCGGGGGGAAAAACUGGACAUACCUCGGGGACUUUGGAUCAAACCCUUUAAAUGAAACGGAAAGAGGAAAGACGAGGAAAAAAAAGAGGAAAUUGUAGCCGAACGGACACGAGACGUCAUCUGUAAAAACCUCCAGCUUUAUUUUUCUACCAGAGACUAUUUUAAACGUGUGUCUGUGUCUGUCCGUCCCGUAGACUGUUUAUAGAAACGGACGUAGUUUAACUCGCCAAGCGCCGCCGCGGUCCCCAACACGAAACGAGCACGGACGCGCUGCCGGCUCCAUCGACUCUGGCUCCAGUUCGGUUUCUAUUGAAAAAGCGUCGCCCGUCAAUCUGUCACAUCAAACUCGUCACGAUCCCGGGUUUUUGUUUCGCUGUUUCGUCUUUAAAUCUCGAUCUGCUCAUCCUGUUUUCUCCGAAGUCGCUCCCGUCAGGUUUGAUCGACAGCGUUGCUAAGCUUCAACAACCCUGUCCCUGAUUGGCUCUUUGGUUGCUAUGAUACUUAAGCUUAGAUUUCCAAAAAUAAAAUAACUCUUCUCCAAAUUUACUCUAUUCACGCUUACGUCACAAACCAAGAAGACGUUUGGAAACACGUUUGUUUAUAAAUGAAACCAGGACUAAACCAGGACUGAACCAGGACUAAACCAGGACUGAACCUGGACUAAACCAGGACUGAACCAGGACUGAACCAGGUUCGGGACCAGACCGGGACUGGGACCAGGACUUAGACCGGGACCAAGGACUGAGUCCAGGACCGGGACAGAGACCGGUACUGAGACCAGAAUGGAGCCCAGGAUUGAGACCAGGACCAGACUGGGACCAGGACCGAGACUGGGACUGAGACCUGGACUGAGACCAGGGCCGGAUCAGGACUAAACCAGGUCUAAACCAGGACUGAACCAGGACUGAACCAGAACUGAACCAGAACUUAACCAGGACUGAACCAGGAGUGAACCAGGUUCAGGACCAGACCGGAACUGAGACCAGGACCGGACCAGGACUGAACCAGGUCUAAACCAGGACGAAACCAGGACUUAACAGGACUGAACCAGGAGUAAACCAGGUUUUGGACCAGACCGGGACUGAGACCACAACUUAGACCAGGACCAGACCGGUGCUGGGACCAAGACUGGGACUGAGACCGGGACCAGACCAGGACUGGGACUAAGACUGAGACUGGGACCAGACUAGGACUGAAAACGGUUUAGUCCUGGUUCAGUCCAGCAUCAGAGUUUAAGUCACGUAAAAGGGAAACGGUCGUUAUCGUUUUUUUUGUCCAUCAAACAUUUAUCAUUAUCUGUUUUUUCAUUUUGGUUUUGGAGACAAAUAAUGAAGAAAAUAGUUGUUUUUUCGUUUCUUCUUUUUGGUUUUGACACACGGAUUCGCCAUCAUGGGUUCAACUUCAGAUUUGAUUCUAGUGCUGGCCUCGAUGAGCUUCGUUUGGAGCCGGACGCCGUCGUUGCCGCGGUGCCGCCGCACUCCGCCGCUCCGUCUGUGUGCACAGUCUACGGUCCGUGUGUGUCCGUGUGCUUUUUGUAUCCGGUGCCUCCAGUUUCGCAGUAGCACUUUACCCUUUGGGCUCUUCGUCACAAAGGGCUUAGAACCGCCUCACCGCGACCAGAAGGUCCCAGGUUCAAACCCCCCCCCCCCCCACCCCGACCCGAACCUGGACCAGACGGGAAACGGUAAAAAAACGAACUCUCGCAAUAUUCGAAGAGGAAACGCCCAAAACGAACCAAAACCAACACGGAGACACAGACCAACUUUUGAUGUUUGAGCAGAAAUCAGGACUUUGUUUGUUUGUUUGUUUGUUUGUUUGUUUGUGGAAAGAAACGAUGUCAGCUUCGCGCCGUGGUGUUAAAAAUCAGCAGGAGCCAAACUACUGGAACCUUUUUGUAAAGCUGCAUUGUGUAACUUUUCUGGUGGUGGAGGAGGGUCGAAUUUAAAAUGCUUUUCUUUACGGAGAUGUUUUUUUUUUUUGUUUUUUUUUUAUGUUCAUUAAUACGACGGAGUAUAUGGCUUAAAUAAAUUUUUUUUUAAAAAGAUAAAGUCGAAGCCAGAAGAAGUUGUAAUAUUACGAGAAUAAAGACUCGUUGGAGACUGUGAAUGAGUCUGAGGCUGGUGAACAUUGUGUAAACUAGGGCGACCAAACGUCCGUUUUCCCUGGACGUGUCCGUAUUUUGCGUCAUGUCCAGGGGCGUCCGGGUUUUUUUUUUUUAUAAA